UGGUGGAGCUGGUUUCAGGCUUUAGGGGGCUUAAUCACAAUCGGUGCCUCUCAGCUGCCUGCAGUUCGCUGCUGCUGCCUCUGAGUGGCCUCCACUGCUCGUUGAGUCGUUCUUUCUUUCUCUGCGAGCUCUCUUUUUUUCUGCCUCUCUUUCUCCCCUCCUUUUAUUCCAGCAGUCAGGCAGCUAAUUAACUGCACAGGCCGGCCUUCAGUGCAUAAUAUUGUAAUGAGGUAGGAGGGAGAGCCACAGCUGCUCCAGCAUGAGCAGCAGGCUCUGUUCCUGGUGCCAGGAACUAGGAAGGAGCUGACUUUUUUUUCCUUUGUAAGUUGACCGGAGCGCAGACGUUUCCAGCAGAUAAAGGCAGGUCUGUCUCUGAGAGCAUGGGGUCCUAGAGGAGCCUGGGGAGGAGCUGGCGGUGACUGAAGAUGGGCAACCAGCCUGGGCGAGCGGAGGAGCACGACCAAGGAACAGUUUCAACUGCAAAGCGCACAGGGAUUCCAGCACCCCGAGAAAUAUCAUCCUCUGUAUCAAGGGAGAGAGCUGUACUGCGUGGCCAAGCCAAUACGAGGAAAACUCAGCCCAGCCCCACCUCUUCUGGUACACCGACUCCUACCAAACAUGUGCGUCCCACUAGCAAGUCCAAGCAAGAGAGUGAAACUGGUGACAAGGCUGUUUUGGAAUCUCAGGUUAAAGAACUCCUGGCAGAAGCAAAGACAAAAGAUUCUGAAAUAACCAAACUCCGUUGUGAACUGAAGAAAUGCAAAGAGAAAGGGUCACUUAACCCUGAAGGGAUGGGUGCUUCAGACCAAAAUGUAGAAACCUUGUCACCUGUUGAUAUAGAUCCACUAAUACGGACCCUUCAGGAAAAAAACAGGACUUUUCAAAAAGAGCUUGCUAGCCUGGGAGAAGAAAAUCGUGUUUUGAAAGAGAAAUUGCUUUAUCUAGAGAACUCUCCUCUGUCAGACACAACAACAAGCAGUGGCGGUGACAGCAGCCUCCCUACCCCAACUACGCAAGAAUCCAGUUUUGGAAGCCCAUCAAAAAAUGUACUGAGAGGUGAAUCAGUUGAGCACAGGCAGCGAGUGAACGGGGGCACGCUGCGCAAUUCUGCCUCUUCCAGCAGUGAUGUAACUAAAGCUUCCUUGUCACCUGAUGCAUCUGAUUUUGAACAUAUAGCAGAUAUACCUUCCAGGCCAGCAUCCUCCAACAGCAACCACUUCAAAGGUUCCAAAUGCUCCACUACAGGAAGUUCUCCAAACAAUAUUAGUGACCUUUCUGUUGCAUCUCUUACGGAGAAAAUACAAAAAAUGGAGGAGAGUCACCAUAGCACAGCAGAAGAAUUACAAGCCACUCUACAGGAGCUGUCUGAUCAGCAACAAAUGGUGCAGGAACUGACAGCGGAAAAUGAGAAGCUGGUGGAAGAGAAAGCUCUCCUGGAGACUUCUUUUCGCCAACACAGAGACAGAGCAGAACAGCUGGGUCAAGAAAAUGAAAAGCUAAUGACUCUCCUCCAAGAGCGAUCCAAGAGUGAAGAAAGCAGAGCUCAGGAGGGGAAAGUCCUUGAACUGGAACAGAAGUGUGCAGAAGUUCUUGAAAAAGCACAAUUUGAAAGAGAGAAAUUGCUCAACAUUCAGCAACAAUUAACCAGCAGCCUACGGAGCUUGGAAAGGGAGCAUCAAGAUGCCCAGCAGGUGAUUAAAGGCCUGAGAGAUGAAAAUGAAAAGCUGCUUAAACUUCUAGAAGUGGAACAGCAGAGCAACAGCACGGUGACAAAAACUCUGGAGGACUGCAAAAUUGCAUUGGAAGGUCUAAAAAUUGAGAAUGGAUCUCUAAAAACCCAGCUGGAGAAUGAGAAACAAAAGGCUGCAGAAAUCAACGCCAUGGGAUGCACUACUGACAACUCUGAGGUGCAAGAGCUGCUGAAAGUCGCCCAUGCAGAAAAGGAUCAGCUGGAAGCAUCUUGCACUGAGCUUAAACAAGAUCUGCUGAAGGCAAACAGUGAACUGAAGCAUGUUCAGGGUCUGCUAUCUAAGGCUGAGAAUGAGUGUGGUCAGCUGAAGGAGGUGUGUGAGCGGCAGGCUGAGCAACUGAGCAGAACCAGCCAGAAGCUGCAGGAAAAAACAUCAGAGAAUGAAGCAGAUAUAAAGAACCUAAAGGAGACAAUUUUUGAGUUGGAGGACCAGGUGGAACAACAUCGUGCUAUCAAACUUCACAACAACCAGAUCAUCAGUGACUUAGAAAGUAAAACUAUGAAGCUGGAAGAGCAAAAACAAGAUAUAGAGAGGCAGCUGAAGGCUCUGACUAAGCAAAUGAAGGAGGAUACAGAAGAAUGGAAGCGUUUUCAAGCUGAUCUACAGACUGCGGUGGUUGUAGCCAAUGAUAUUAAGUGUGAAGCCCAGCAGGAGCUCCGUGUGGUAAAGAGAAAGCUUCAGGAGGAAGAGGAGAAGAGUGCCAGGCUGCAGAAGGAGCUGGAUGAAGUGAAGGGCAACAACAGACAAAAAGUCACUUUUGGUUCAGGAACAGCCAAAGAACUUGCAGAAAAAAUCCUGAUGAGGUCAUCAGAGUUCAUCUGAACGAAGGUGCCUGAUCUCUACCAGCUAACACAGCCCUAGAUGGAUGCAUAGCCAGGCCUGUCAGACACUUCAGGACAUGCCUUCAACUUGCAGCUGAAAAAGGGAAGUUUCAAUUGGAGAAAAGCAUCCCCAAUUUCUUAUUGCCUGCAAAAGUCGAGUGUAUCACCAAGUGUGAAUGCUGCUCAGGUCCACCUUCUCCCCAUGGGCAAGAGCUGGUUUCUUUGUUUCAAAAUGCUUCUUUCUUCAGAAGACUCCAUGAGGCAGGAAAAAGUUCUGAAUUAAUUUAAAACCAACUAGAAGUAAUCACAGAGAUUUGGGAGACUGAAAUAACUGAUGGCCCCUUUGGAGUGAUGGGGCUAUUUGCAUUUGAACAGAAGUUCAAAUGCUCUAUUUUAAGCUUAAACAAAAAUAAAACUGUGUGUAUGUCUAAUUUGUAAAAUUUAAUGUACAUACACAUUUGUUCUCCAUAUAAUAUUCUAUUCAUAAAUCUGUGUGUCUAAAUACACAUGCAUACAGAUAUGUGUGUAAAAAUGCACACAAACUCUAGGGAUUCCCACCUUUGCAACUGGGGUGAGUUGCUUGUGGAAAUUAAUUACUGAAAUCCAACAGGAAAAUUAAAUAGAUAUAUUAUGCUAUUUAAUUGAUAUCAACUGUUUUGUUGGUUUCAGCCUUUUAAUAUUGUGUUGACAAUGCACUCACCACUUGGUGGCAUGUCUGACUCAGUGUGUGCUAGGAAGCAGGGUGAUGCUCAAGGAGCACGAUGUCCUGAUCCGACUUUCACAGGCUGUGUCCCACAGAGGAGAGAUUUUUCCUUGCUAUGAGAACUGCAGGUGAAGAGAUCCAGAAGGAAAAGCAACGAAUAUGUCAAGCUCUAAUCAUUAUCCUCUCAGAAGGAGUUUUUCUCAUGCCCUUAACUCAGGUGAAGUGUAUAAUCAGGGAGAACUUGUUUUGCUACUGGAGACACCUGAAGAGAGCUUUACUUGGAUGCUGAUGAGAAACUGAAAAGUCACAGCCUCUACCAGGAUAUCAUCAGGAUUUGUUUGUUAUCAUCAGGAUUGGAAUUACAUAUUUUGGCUAUGGGAUUCCAUCCUUUUCUCCUGGAUGUGAAGACCUAGCAGGGGCCUGAUCUCAGAGGAGGCUGAGCUAGAGAAUUCUGCAGGAUUCUGGCACAGCCUUCACCUAUGUGCCAUUCUACUGGAGUGUAUGCAUAUAUGCACACUUGUGUUGCCUUUCUUUACUGUGCUGGCAGCUGUUAAAUGUUGGUUUUUAUGUUUAAGAAAUUAUAUAUAUUGAAGUGCCAAAUAAAUGUUUGUGUUUGGAAUUGUC